AUGUCAAGUUUGGUCGACCCUUCAAAGAAAAGCUCUCCAGUAGCCGUAAUCACUGGAGCAGGUCAAGGUAUUGGUCGGGCGAUUGCACAUAAACUCGCAUCUGAAGGCUACUCACUUGCUCUUGGCGAUAUUGCAUCCAACCAAGGGCGCCUAAAGGAGGUUGCAGACGAAUGCACCGAGAUUUACAAAAACACGUUGGCGCAUGGAGCAGAGCCCAAACUCUACUAUGGGCCAUGUGAUGUUACUGCUGAGCCUCAGGUUCAAGCGCUUGUCCAAGCCGCAGUAGACGAUCUAGGUGGCAUAGAUGUGAUGGUAGCCAAUGCAGGAAUAUAUCGAGUCGCACCCCUGCUCGAAAUGGAGGACGAGCUUUUUGACCAAGUUUAUACGGUCAAUACUGCUUCUCCAAACAAGGGGGCGUACUGUUCUAGUAAGUUUGCGGUACGUGCAUUAACGCAGACGGCGGCGCUAGAAUGGGGUCGGCACAAUAUCACUGUGAAUGCAUAUGCGCCUGGACCAACCGAUACUGACAUGUGGAACAAGGAUGUACUGGGAGGUAUAACUGGCGGUAAUCAAGCUCAACAACUGAUUGUGGACCGACUCGCUACAGGAAACAUCAGCUCUCCUGAUGAAAUCGCAGGGCUGGUAUCUUUCCUGGUCAGCCCCGCGGCUCGAAACAUUACAGGCCAGGCCAUUUCGAUCGAUGGUGGACUGAUAAUGCAAUAA